AUGUUCCGCUCAGCAGCCGUCCUCCGAUCCGCCGCCUCCGCCGCGCGCCGGUCCGUCGUCGCCACCAACACCAGCCGCAGCUUCUCCUCGGUCGUCUCGAGACCUACCCUCGCCUCGAGGGCUGUUGCCGCCGCCCCCGUCUCGCGCGUCGCCGGCUGGAACUCGGUGCGGUGCUACGCUGCUGGCUCCGGCCUGUCCAAGGGGGAUGUCGAGGGGCGCAUCACCAGCCUGCUGGCUGGGUUUGAUAAGGUCAACGACCCCAGCAACAUCAAGCCCACCGCACACUUCGCCAACGAUCUGGGCCUGGACAGCUUGGACACCGUCGAGGUUGUGAUGGCUAUCGAGGAGGAGUUCAGCAUCGAGAUCCCCGACAAGGACGCAGAUGCCAUCCACUCCGUCGACAAAGCCGUUGAGUACAUCCUGAGCCAACCCGAUGCUCACUAA